AAGGCGCGGUCUACAGGCACUAGUGGUUGGGUAGGUUGCAACGUUUGUCAAACGGAGUUGAGCUGUGGUGUACCGUAUCGACUAAGUAGGUGCUUGUUUUUGUGAAGGGUGGUGGAGGAGGAUCGUGGCUGUGCAUCUUUCUGCAGGUCAAAGGUACCAAAUAUUAAGCCAGGACCACUCCAGCCUUAGCUCACACAUCCAACUUAACCAUUGAAAAAUAAGGACUUCAUUACCCAAAGUCCUGUCUGAAAGUAGGAGGUACCCAGAUAUCAGGAUGCAUUGGAAGAUUGUGUCAGUGUCUCACUGUUGGUUGCUGCUCUGUCUCCUUGGUGCUGCUGAAACUGUACCAAUUGAUAAAAUAAAGGUGAACAAAAUAGAAGAACCAGUGGAGCAUGCUACAGUUGAAACUCCAGACACUGGGCUGUAUUAUGAUCGCUACCUCCGUGAAGUAAUUGAUGUGUUGGAAACAGACAGGCAUUUCCGUGACAAACUUCAGACAGCAAAUAUAGAAGAAAUAAAGAGUGGAAAACUGGCUAAAGAGCUGAACUUAGUGAGUCAUCUUGUAAGAACCAAAUUGGAUGAAUUGAAAAGACAGGAGGUGUCCAGGCUACGAAUGCUUAUUAAAGCCAAAAUAGAUGCACAACAAGGUAAAGAUGCAGGAAUAGACCAUCACGCUUUGUUGAAACAGUUCGAGCACCUCAAUCACCAAAACCCCCAUAGCUUUGAGCCCGAAGAUUUGGAAUUAUUGAUUAAAACUGCCACCAGUGAUCUGGAAAACUAUGACCAAGAACGGCAUGAAGAAUUUAAACAAUAUGAGAUGCUGAAGGAACAUGAGAGAAGGGAGUAUUUGAAAACAUUAGAUGAAGAAAAGAAGAAACAGGAGGAGGCUCGAUUUGAGGAGAUGAGAAAGAAACACAAGGAUCACCCAAAAGUUAAUCAUCCAGGAAGCAAAGAUCAGUUGAAAGAAGUCUGGGAGGAAACUGAUGGUCUUGAUCCUGAAGAUUUUGAUACCAAGACCUUCUUCAAGCUGCAUGAUACGAAUGGUGAUGGAUUUUUGGAUGAGCAGGAGAUGGAAGCAUUAUUUACCAAAGAGCUAGAGAAGAUUUAUGACCCUAAUAAUGAAGAAGAUGAUAUGGUAGAGAUGGAGGAAGAGCGAUUGAGGAUGAGGGAACAUGUUAUGAAAGAGAUUGAUACUAACAAGGAUCGAUUGAUAUCCAUGGAUGAAUUUCUAAAUGCUUCAGAAAAGAAAGAGUUUGUGGAUGCAGAAAAUUGGGAGACUCUAGAUGAGCAGGAGCUUUAUUCAGAAGAUGAGCUGCAGGAAUUUGAGAAACGGCUGUCUCGGCAGGAGCAUGAGCUGAGGAUGAAAUCGGAUGACCUGUUGAAACAACGUGAAGAGCUGCAGCUGCAACAAGACCAAUUUCAGGCCCAGAAAUUUGAGUUCCAACAGGCCGUACAGCAGCUGGAACAGCAGAAGCAAGCACAGCAGGCUCAUCCUCCAACAGGACCUAAUGGAGAACUCCAGUUCCACCAAGAAACAAACCAAGCAGUUCCUCCAGGAAAUGCCCAAGCUCUGCCUCCAGGCCAUGACCAGCUACAGGAUUUAAAUCAACCAGCUGCACCUGGACAGGAUCAAACUCAUCAAUAAUCAUCAGUGCCUCCAGGAUUUGGGCUAACAGAUGAGUUUCUGAUUGGCUUUUUGGGUCCAAACAAUCAUUGCUCCAAUCCUAUAAUUUUUGUCGCUGUUUAAUCCUGUUAACGUCGCACAAUACGUGGAGACCACUGUGUUUGCAAGCAUUUUCUUCAACGAGGCUACUGAAACUCUCAUGUGCAGAUAUUUAGUUAUCCAGCAAAGGUGAUUUACUUAAGAUAGUGAGCAGAGCCUUGAGCAGAAUUUCACUUAAAACCCCUGAACUGAGAUCUGAGAUUUACUUGCAAAUUGUAAUAGUACCUGGCUCCAAAUGGAUUGUGAGCCCUUGGAAAUACAUUUUCACUCUGUUGUAGGUGUAGUUCCUUUUUGGGAUAUGGGAGAGAGUGUUUAUUGUGUGGGGAAUUAAAGUUAAGAUUGUUCAAAAGAUUUAGUUAAUGAGUACAGAUGAGAAAUUUAGGUUAGCAUUUCGGGGUUGUAAGUAGAAGGGCUACUCAUCUUGUGUGUGAGGCAUUUUGUUAGAGAUUCCACGAUCACCUUGCUAGUCCAGUCUCACUUUCUUGGCUAUUCAGUGCCAGUUUAGCUAUCUCCAACUACAAUUAUUCUCUCUCAUUCUUGGCCUCCUAUGCCAUAUCUGUGCAGGGCAAAACUGAUGCAUGGAACUAAUUGGGUGCAUUAAUAUCAAUUUUACUGCAUUUUAGGAUCUGCAUUGGAUGUUAUGGGUCAGCGAUGUUUUAGGGUGAUUAUUUCAGCUGGCAAAUAACGAAGGGGCUGGCUUGUAUGGAAGUACAUAUACUUGCAACAUUUUUUUAAAGUUAUUUUUUUAGAUAUUGAUUCAUCAUUGUUGAUGGGUUCGGGGAAAUCUUUGGGAGUGCUGCUUGAAAUUGUGUCCAGUUAUCUCAAUAUUUUGGCAUUUCCUUUUUCCUUCUGAUUUGUAACUAAGAACUGUCAAUACCACAGGUACCCUGCCAGCCUGAGUGCUGGAGACAACCCUCUUAAUGAAAAUAUUCUGAGAUUUUCCCAUAGGCUUUCCCAGGUGGGGCUUAAAUUCAGACUAUCACCUUGGGUGAUGUCCAAAGCAGUUGAUAAUCCAUGAACAACACAAAAAUGUUAAAAGCCUGUUAUGAAUUGCCAAAUCACAGUUACUGAUUCAGCAACUGCCAGCACAUUCUUUUGCUCCAUAAAAAAAUACAAACAUUUCAAAAUAUGUUAAUUUAAACUUUAGGCUAAAUAUAAAUAGAAUAAAUGCUCAAUAUUGAAUAUGGGUGUUUUGUUUUGAUGUUGGACUGCCUUUUCUCAAAACCUUGAACAAGUUGUAAGUUCUGGGCAUUUUAGAUUUGUUAAAGAACACCAACAUUGGCCAGUAGUAAAUUAUCAAAGUACAUGACAGAACCACCUAUGUACAAGUGUUAUCAAAAGUUAAAUGUACGAUCCUUUUUUUGAAAAAAAGUUUGCAUGUGCAACAUGCAGAAGUAAUCUUUUCUUAACUGUGUUCAGAGAAUACUGCAAAAUAAUAUCACCCAAUCAUUCUCUGAUUCUAUUUUAUAAUGUGCAGUAUUAGAGUGAUUCAGAAAAUAAGCUUUAGUUGAUUUUUGGAACGAAAACUCAAGCAGUGCACACCCUGUAUAUAAUAAUACUGGUACACCUGUAUUCAGCCAAGACAUAUGCUAUUUGUGUGGGAGUCAAUGCCAGUUUGCCUUCACCAGCACAGCUUGGUUUCCUAAACACUUUUCUGCCAUCAUGGGAAUGUAGAUUGCUCUACUUAAAGUGUGCAGAUAUUAAGUAUGCAAUAAUAGAUAGUUGAAUGUUGUAUUUUACCAUGUGUAAACUAUUGAUUGGAUAACGCUAAAAACUUGAAGGAUUAUGGAUUGAUUUCAUUUUAACACUUUCAGAUUUAUUUAAAUUGAAAAGCUACUUCUCACAGCACUUGUAUUCUGACAUACUAGUUGUCUUAAUGAACCUCAUGGUUUGGUUUCAGGUAGUGAAUCACUAAUGCACUGUAAUGAUACAGUCUUGUGCGUGAGGAUUUGCACUUAUGAUCCCUUCCUCAACAUGCUGGAUUUAGCUGUGCCAUUUUGAGGAGGUGUCAAAUGGAGUCCAGAUACUCUGCUACAGUACGAAACUAGAAUGAAGCUUACAUCCACAUACAGGCAGAUACAGAAUGGCACUGGCAGAAGCCUGGAAGCUCAUCUUCCCUCUCAACAGAAAAUGCUGCAUGGUAGCCCAGAAAGCAGUUUUUAAAAACAUAUUUCAAAGUUAUGAAUUCUUACAAUUUUUUGCCAGAUCGAUACUGCUGUCAUUAGUGGCCGAACUGUUGACAUGCAACAUUUAAAGGCUAGGAGCAUCUUGAGUGAGAUUCAGCCAUCCGUGAGAGAGCCCCUUUGAGAGCAGAGGAAACCAUAAAAGUAACACAAGGGAAGGUUGAAUUCACAUUUCAGAAUAAUAGACUUCUAUUAAGUGUAUCUAGGAAUUGAAGUUUUCUAUUAAUUGGGGAGAUUGAGUGAUGCACUGGGUUGCAUUGUAGCUUCUAACAUUGAAGCCUGGACUUCAGUCCACCCAAACUGAAGAUCUGCUAGUCAGUGAGAAUCCUGUGUGAAGUAAGUUUGGCAGUUUGACUGAGUUUCUAGCAGGUAUGGAUUCAUAGGGCAAAGCUAUCCCUACUGUGACACUAAUUGUCACUCUUACUGGAUGGUGUGAGAAAUACAAAAUGUUGUACGGACAAAGCCAGUGCUUUUGGGUGUCUUUGGGCGAAGAUAUUAUUGGUGGCACCAUAAGGGUCUCUAAGAUCUCUAUUCUGCAUCAAACUAUAUUGCACCUAACCUGGGAAUGCUUAAUGUUGGCACCGAGUAUCUAAAAUUGUAAAGUACUAAGUACCUUAGCACCACAUCCCUCAGCUUGAUGAGCAUAAAAUUCACCAUACAUUAGGAAAAUGCUGUUUGAGUAGAAAUGUCCUUCAGUUUAAUUGUGUGGUAUGUUCAAUUUUUAUUGAUUUAAUAAGUGCAAUGUUUCAUUGUCUGCUCACUCACCAACUACGGCCUGUCCAAAGAAAUCUCUGCCACCGCUAUGUGUAAAAAUAUUCCACUGUAAUUUGAAAUCUGUUAAGCAUUAAAAUUCAAUAUUGUCUUAGCCCUGAAUAAUCCGUUCUGAGAACAUAUUUUAAAAUGCAUUGCAGUUGUAUUUUUAUUUGAAUAUUGUACUUUUUUUUGUUUUGUCUUGUGGUGCAAUAUUUGUAGAUGAAAAGGUUUCAGUUCUCUGUUAAUUUCUCUUAAGAUUUGGUUUAUAAAAGAAUUGCGUUUAUGCAUAAAGCAGAAUAUUUAAAUUA